AUGGCUCCCCUCGCAAGUCUCGGGGCACUUCUCAUGGCGGCAUCUGUCGCCGUGGCCUCCUACAGCAAUAGACCCAGUUACAUCGGGCGAGAUACAUUCGCUGCCCCCUAUGACCAAUCAUUUCAGGAGGGCUACUCAAUCCUCAAGCACAUCGGCGGAUUGGGACCCUAUAGCAACCGCAUGUCCUUCGGCAUCGGACGGGACCCGCCCGACUCCUGCGCCGUUGACCAAGUCAUCAUGAUCCGGCGUCAUGGCGAGCGCUACCCGCAAGGAAGCGAUGCCGGGAAGAUCAAUGCCGCGCUUGAUAAGCUUUACAGCUCCGGCAAGACGGAAUGGAAGGGUGAUCUUACAUUCCUUAACUGGUGGAAGUACUAUGUCGACAGCGAAGGUCUCUACGGGCUCGAGACCGAGACCGGCCCUUACAACGGCCUAUUGACGACGUAUAAGCAUGGUGCUGAAUAUCGCGUGAGAUACGGUCAUCUGUGGGAUCAGAAGCAUAAUAAAACUGUCCCGAUGUGGACGAGCGAGUUCGAGCGAGUGGUGCAGACGGCUCGGAAGUUUGGCGAGGGAUUCUUUGGGUGGAACUACACCAAUUCUGUGUCGCUCAACGUCAUAUCCGAGGGGGUAAAAAUGGGCGCCAACAGCCUCACACCCGUUUGUACCGCAGAUAACAGCACCAAGACAUGCGACAAUCUCAGCCAUGACCUACCCGCGUUCCGCGUGGCCGCUGAUCGAUUCAACAAGCAGAACUCAGGGCUGAAUUUGAACGGGACGGAUAUCUUCUAUCUAAUGUUCAUGUCGGCCUUUGAGCUCAACGUUCGUGGCUACUCUGAUUGGAUCGACGCAUUUACGCUCGACGAGUGGAAAUGGUUUGGCUACACGCAGGAUCUGCAGUUCUACUACUGUGCCGGCCCUGGCGAUCCAUUCUACAAAGCUGUUGGUUCUGUAUACGCCAAUGCUUCACUCACCCUGCUGAACCAGGGACCAAAGAAAGCCGGUCCGAUCUUCUUCAACUUCGCUCAUGAUACAAAUAUUACCCCCAUCCUAGCCGCCCUAGGCAUCGCAUCCCCCAGUGAAGACCUCCCCCUUGACAAGAUCCCCUUCCCAUCCACAUAUGAAAUAGGCAACAUCAUGCCGAUGGGCGGGCACCUAACUCUAGAAAGACUAAGCUGCAACGCAACUGUCGCCACAGAAAAAGGAACCUACGUCCGCGUGGUGCUCAACGAAGCCGUCGUCCCUUUCACGUCCUGCCAAGAUGGCCCGGGCUUCUCCUGCUCGCUGUCCGACUACACCGAAAUGCUCAACAAGAUGCUACCUGAUUUCACGUCGGAGUGCAAGAUCAAGAGUUCCCUCCCGCAACAUCUUUCUUUCUGGUGGGAUUAUAAUAAAACUUCAGAGUAUAAUCAUCAAACUGCGGAGUAUAUUCCUUACCAGGGGCAUCAUUUCGUCUAG